AGUGACUGCCCUACACCCCACAACCAAGCCGACUUAAACACCCCACCCCGAGAGGGGAAGGGGGUGGGGUGCAGGUGUGGGGGAGUCUGGUUCCAGGGGAAUGCAGCAAACUCCUCACUUGCGCCUGGAAGUUAGCCUGGGAUGGAGCAUGAACUCAGCGAGUUCAGCAAGAUCGAUAACAGAUCGAUUUCCAAACCGGACGCCAGGCCAGGCGGUGUCUUCAGUGCAAUCUUUGACGGUGAGAUUCCGUCCCAUUCCUCGUCGCUCCCCGUGGAAGUGUUCAAACUGCUGGUUCAAGACCAUCUCAGUUCAGAUGACUGUCCAAAAGAUGUGCUGUCAUUAUCAUGGCCAGACCAAACAGCACUUAGUGACAAUGCUUUUCUGCAUCCAACUGAGAUAAUGUGUUCCACAUCCUGGGCAUCAUCUCUGCCAACCAGUCCGAAAAGAUCCAAAACAGUGAAUCAAGAUGCAGGAAUGAACACAAGUUUUAGUGGCAUCAUCCACGAACAGCCAUUGACCCCAUCCCGAAGAAGCUUGCCCUGUUUGGCUCAGAGUCAGACCCUCCCAAUCAAUCUGAACAGACAGUCUUCACAACAGCCGUCGAAUCAGAAGCAGACAUUGAGUGCAGAGCCAUCUUCCACAAACGUGUCUUACGAGAAAGAUAUAGUUUCAGACCCAGUCCCAGAUGAGUGCGUGUUGGGAUAUUCCUGUCAACAGUGCCAUUCCAAUAUUUCAACGCAAGGACCUCUCAAUGACUGUGUCACCUGCCUAGAUGAAGUGAAGGAAUGGAACACCAUAGAGUCUGAGCAAAAAACGUAUGAUUCUCGGAGUGAUCAUGACUUCCUUAUUCAAAACACAUUAAAUCGCCAGUCAUCGGAAACUCAGGAUGAAGAACAAGGGGAUGACAAAUGCUCCGAGAUGUCAUUUGGUCUUUUCUUCAAAGAUGGGAAGAAGCGGAUUGAUUACAUUUUGGUCUAUAAAAUAUCGAGUAUACAGGUGGAGAAGAGGAAUACUUUCGAAAGAAACCUGCGAGCAGAAGGACUGCAACUGGAAAGAGAGCAAUCCCUCACGAAUAGCGACAUAAUGUUUGUGAAACUCCACGCUCCUUGGGAAACGAUUUGUAAAUACGCAGAAAGAAUGAACAUCCACAUGCCUUUUAGGAAAAAAUGUUAUUACACUGAUUGGAAGAACAAAGUGAUGAGCAGUGUUCAGAGGAAUCUACGACAGCUGAAGAGCUGGUUGCCAAGAAAUCCAAUGAAACUCGAUAAAGAAGCUCUACCAGAUCUGGAAGAGACAGAUUGCUACACUGCACCAUUCAGUAGAGCACGCAUGCACCACUUCACCAUAAACAACAAAGACACAUUUUUCAGUAAUUCAACAAGGAGCAGAAUCGUACAUCAUAUGUUACAAAGGACUAAAUAUGAAGAUGGAAAAUCCAAAAUGGGUUUGAAUAGGUUACUCAACAAUGGAACAUAUGAUGCUGCCUUUCCUCCACAUGAGGGAAGCUACAAGAGCAACCAUCCAAUCAAAACACACGGUGCACUUAAUCACAGGCACUUGCUCUAUGAGCGUUGGGCUCGAUGGGGAAUGUGGUAUAAAUACCAGCCAUUAGAUCUUAUCAGGCGAUACUUUGGUGAGAAGAUUGGCUUGUAUUUUGCAUGGUUGGGAUGGUACACUGGAAUGCUGAUCCCUGCUGCCCUGGUCGGCUUGUUGGUAUUUCUUUACGGAUUAUUUACAACCGAGUCCAGCCAAGUCAGUAAGGAGAUCUGUGAAGCCAAUGAAACACGUAUGUGCCCAAUGUGUGAACGCAACUGUUCUUACUGGAUGCUGAAUGAAAGCUGUGUCUAUGCCAAGCUGACAUAUCUAUUUGAUAAUGGUGGCACAGUCUUCUUUGCCAUUUUUAUGGCUAUCUGGGCCACAGUGUUCCUGGAGUUCUGGAAAAGGCGUCGAGCUGUUCUCACUUAUGAUUGGGACCUAAUAGACUGGGAAGAGGAAGAGGAAGAACUCCGCCCUCAGUUUGAAGCGAAAUAUUCCAAAAAGGAGCGUGUGAACCCCAUUACAGGAAAGCCAGAACCAUUCCAGCCAUUUCUCGAUAAACUCAGUCGACUCCUUGUGUCUGUCUCAGGAAUUUUCUUUAUGAUUCUGCUUGUCCUGGCUGCAGUCUUUGGGGUGGUGGUGUAUCGCCUUGUGACGAUGGAGAUCUUCUCUACGUUCCAGUGGGAUUUUGUGAAGAAACACUGGCAGUUUGUCACAGCAGGAACUGGUGUCUGCAUCAACUUCAUCAUCAUCAUGUCUUUAAACGUGGUUUAUGAAAAGGUUGCAUAUCUACUGACAAAUUGGGAACAUCCUCGCACAGAAUCUGAAUGGGAGAAUAGCUUUGCUCUCAAAAUGUUUCUCUUCCAAUUUGUAAACCUUAAUAGUUCAAUCUUCUACAUUGCUUUCUUCCUUGGCAGGUUUGCAGGUCGACCAGGUGCCUAUACCAAGCUGUUUCACAGGUGGAGACUGGAGGAGUGUCACCCCAGUGGCUGCCUAAUCGACCUGUGCAUGCAGAUGGGUAUCAUUAUGGUCCUGAAGCAAAUGUGGAAUAACUUCAUGGAACUUGGCUAUCCACUGUUGCAGAAUUGGUGGUCACGUCGGAAGGUGAAGAAAGCGGGUCACAGUGUGGAGAAUAAAGUGUAUUUACCUCAGUGGGAAAAGGAUUGGAAUCUGCAGCCCAUGAACAUUCAUGGCCUAAUAGAUGAAUACCUAGAAAUGGUUUUACAGUUUGGCUUCACAACGAUAUUUGUUGCUGCCUUCCCAUUGGCUCCACUCCUUGCUCUCCUCAACAACAUUAUUGAAAUAAGGCUGGAUGCUUACAAAUUUGUCACACAGUGGAGGCGACCGCUACCUGCAAGAGCCAUGGAUAUCGGAAUCUGGUAUGGAAUUCUGGAAGGAAUCGGAGUACUUGCUGUGAUCACCAAUGCUUUUGUGAUUGCCAUAACCUCAGAUUACAUCCCUCGCCUUGUCUACGUAUUCAAAUACGGUCCAUGUGCAAAUCAGGGAUACGUACAGGAAAAAUGUUUGACAGGCUAUGUAAAUGGCAGCUUGUCCUUCUUCAGCAUGGCUGAUUUUGACUCAACAGACAAAGGCUACUGCAGGUACAGAGACUACAGAGCUCCCCCAUGGGACCAUGAUCGAUAUGAGUUCACUUUACAAUUCUGGCAUGUUCUAGCUGCACGUUUGGCUUUCAUCAUCGUGUUUGAGCACUUAGUGUUUGGCAUCAAAUCCUUUAUAGCCUACCUAAUCCCGGAUAUGCCCAAAGACCUGUGUGACCGGAUGAGGCGUGAAAAAUACCUCGUUCAAGAAAUGAUGUACGAGGCGGAACUGGAACAUCUGCAGAGGGAACGGAAAAAAAAUGGGAAGAGAUAUCACCACGAAUGGCCUUAGUUCAAACAAUGAGACUAACCAACGGACAAUCCAGAGGAACUGCACUUCUACGGAGAAUGGAGAUGCCAGCUAUGCUGCACAAGCUCUUGCAAGUUUUAUACAU